AUGAAGUACCUUGAAGAAGAGUCCACGGCAAAUGCGGUGGGGGAAAUACUCGAAGUGAAAGAAAGCACCCCAGGGCUGAAUAUUAUGCUGGAAACGUACUCUCUAAAGAUGACAAAAAAGGAGAGAAAGUGCAGCAGAUCCGGGAAGUACAGGAGCAUGUCCUCCAUGAUUUCGGCGGCGCUCAAUUUGUUGUUUUCCGACUACGAAAUCCGCGUGACUUUUCGGGAGCUGAAAAUCAUCUCCGAGGAGGAGUGCAAGGCAGAUCUGACGAACAAAUUGUUCACGACGGGAAUGACAAAAAAUUACCAGGAAAUGUCCGACUGGAUAGAAAGCGUCCUUGCCGUGAUAAAAAAGUGUGCGGGCGACGACAUCAGCAUAAUCAGAGUAAACAUCCGGAGCGGGCCCUUUGAAAAGUACAACUGGAACGAGUGCAUAGCCGCACACGGGAGGGCCCUGAAAAGGGUCGUUCUCUUCACGGUCCUGUACUCCUCCAGCGCAGAGUCUCCCCUGCUCUAG